GAAUCUCCCCUGGUCCCAUCGGCGCGUCUUCCGGGAGUCGCCGAACACCAGACAGAGGUAGCGGGGUGGGUGUGGCAGCUGCCAUUUCCUGCGCGGAAAGCCCUUUGAGGACGUGCGGUGGUGACUUACUAGGGCUCCGCGCUUCUCAGCCCGGUGAGUCAGGUAGGGGUGUAGAUUCACUUGCUUAUCUGGACUCCAGUCUAACCUCACUUCCAACUACUUCAGUCGUGUGGGGGUGGCUGAUAAGCCCUGUCAGAGUUUAAUCCUGUCUAAACGUUCAGAUGUUUAGUUCCUGUUGAGUGCUUCUCUACUAGGGACCUAUUUUUCUGACUUUUUUUUUUCUCUCCUGACGUCCAUAAUUACAGACAGAGAUUGAAAAGUAACCUUGAGAGAGUCCCUCCCUUGAUUCCAGGGAAAGUUACUAGAGGAUGUGCUCCAACGAAACAUGAGAGCAAGACAAGAAAGAGAAAGACGUGGGACCCAGAAAAAAGGACCAGGAGAAUGUGAAGGGAAAUUCCAGGGUGAAAGAUAUGUGGCAGAAUUAGAGAGCAGUCGUUUUCACCAGAGAAGGAAGAUGGCAGACUCCAAGAAGAAAGACUGCAAAGUGAAUCAGAUAUAUGUAUACAUAUAAUGUCCAUGGACAGAGGAAUGGAUAAAACAGAUGUGGUAUAUAUAUACAAUGGAAUAUUAUUCAGCCAUAAAAAGGAAUGAAAUUGGGUCAUUUGUAGAGACGUGGAUGGAGCCAGAGACUGUCAUAAAGAGUGAAGAAGGAGUACUGGCCUGAUGAGGGAAGGGGAAUGGAUGGUACAGCGAGAGCCUGGGUACGUUAUUCCAGUGAAAGAACUCCUCCUGGAAGAAAAUACCUGGAAUGAGGGGAUGGUGCAGCAGUGGCUCCCGUUUCUCGUCCUACACCUGGUCACUACCAUGUCGUCUACCGAGGGUGUGCAUAAACACUCUUGGGCCGGCAUGGGUAGACAUACUGCUUGGUUGAUGGCUACCGGGCCUACGGAGAUGUUCCUUUGGCCACGCCAGCAAAGGUGGAAACAGAGAAGCCAGUCCCCAGACGUGCUCCCAAGAGAAAGCGCUGUCCAGAAAGGUCGGACAAAGACCUGUGUUGCCCCAGACCCAAAAUCCGGCGAUUGCAGCAUUCAAGCAGCUCAGAAAUACAAGCAGCAGUGGCUCCCGUUUCUCGUCCUACACCUGGUCACUACCAUGUCCUCUACCGAUGGCGUGGAGAAACGCAGUUGGGCUGGCAUGGAGAGACAUACUACCUGGUUGAUGGCUUCCGGGCCUAUGGCAGGUACACCCAGACCGGGCAACUCUACAGGAGGUAUGAUAUACACACAACCUCACCUGGCUGGCACAUGUUCCUGUGGGGGUUGCCAACUACGAACAGCUGAGCACUUUCCCAGAUCAGCAGCAGUGGCUCCCGUUUCUCGUCCUACACCUGGUCACUACCAUGUCCUGUACCGUGGGUGUGGAGAAACGCAGUUGGGCUGGCAUGGGGAGACAUACUGCCUGGUUGGUGGCUACCGGCUCUACGGGGAUGUUCCUUUGGCCACGCCAGCUAAGGUGGAAGCAGAGAAGCCAGUGCCCAGACGUGCUCUGAAGAGAAAGCACUCACCGGAAUGGUCGGACGAAGACCUGUGUUGCCCCAGACCCAAAAUCCGGCGAUUGGAGCUUUCAAGCAGCACAGGAAUACAAGCAGCAGCAGUGGCUCCCGUUUCUCGUCCUACACCUGGUCACUACCAUGUCGUCUACCGCGGGUGUGGAGAAACGCAGUUGGGCCGGCAUGGGGAGACAUACUGCCUGGUUGGUGGCUUCCGGGCCUACGGGGAUGUUCCUUUGGCCACGCCAGCUAAGGUGGAAGCAGAGAAGCCAGUCCCCAGACGUGCUCCGAAGAGAAAGCACUGUCCGGAAAUGUCGGACGAAGACCUGGGUUGCUGCGGACCCAAAAUCCGGCGAUUGUAGCAUGGUGCCAGGAGGCGGACCCCACAGAAUCUUGCAGGUGAUCCAUCCUGAAGAGAAGGCAAUGGUUUAAAUGCCUGAGGCAGCGAAUGCCUCUUCCUGCACUGACCGCCACUCCCCACCACCACUGCCCACUGCCACAGAUUAGAACCUGCAUCUUUUUGUCUGAGCCUUCCCCAGCCAGGAGCCUCCUUCUAUACUAAAUGGCCAUAAGCCAGGAGCCUCAGAAACUGAGGUUUGUAAUGAGAGUCUGCCCUGAACAUCCCAGGGCUGAAGCUGGCCUGGAAGAAACCCUGACGUUCCUCUGCUUAAUCCUCAAGGGCCCCUUUGUGAGCUGAAGAAAGAAAAGUCUAGAAAAAACGGAUACCUGGGAGGGGAAGAUGGCGGAAGGGUAACACGUGGAGAUCACAUUCCUCCCCACAGAUACACCAGAAAUACAUCUACACGUGGAACAACUCCUACAGAACACCUACUCAACGCUGGCAGAAGACCUCAGACCUCCCAAAAGGCAAGAAACUCCCCACAUACCUGGGUAGGGCAAAAGAAAAAAAGAAAAAACAGACAAAAGAAUAGGGAGGGGACCUGCACCAGUGGGAGGGAGCUGUGAAGGAGGAAAGGUUUCCACACUAGGAAGCCCCUUCGCGGGCGGAGACUGGGGGUGGCGGAGGGGGAAGCUUCGGAGCCGCGGAGGAGAGCGGAGCCACAGGGGUGCGGAGGGCAAAGCGGGGAGAUUCCCGCAAAGAGGAUCGGUGCCGACCGGAACUCACCAGCACGAGAGGCUUGUCUGCUCACCCGCCGGGGCGGGCGGGGCUGCGAGCUGAGGCUCGGGGUUCGGUCAGAGCACAGGGAAAGGACUGGGGCUGGCGGCGUGAACACCUCCUGAAGGGGUUAGUGCACCACGGCUAGCCGGGAGGGAGACCGGGAAAAUGUCUGGAGCUGCCGAAGAGGCUAGAGACUUUUUCUUCCCUCUUUGUUUCCUGCUGCGCGAGGAGAGGGAAUUAAGAGCGCUGCUUAAAGGAGCUCCAGAGACGGGCGCGAGGCGCGGCUGAAAGCGUGGACCCCAGAGACGGGCAUGAGACGCUAAGGCUGCUGCUGCCUCAACCAAGAAGCCUGUGUGCGAGCACAGCUGGUACCUGAGGAGUUGUAUACCUCCGGGAAGAUAUGUGCUCCAGACCCGUAAAUAUGCAGUUCACAGAGCCCACCACCAGAGGACAAUAAUGAAAGACAGAAACACACAGAGACAAUUCCAUGUGACAACAGUGAAAGAGACCAGAGUGAUGCAGCUGCAAAUCAAAAAACUGCCAACACCAGUGAUUGAUGGCCACCACCAGAAUCUGGUUAAGACAAAGAAGGAUCCUCCCCUUGAGGCGUCAGAAAGAACAUGGCCCUCUCAACACUUUGAGUUUGAACUUCUGGCCUCUAGAGCUGUGAUAAAAUAAAUUUCUGUUCUUUUAAGCUAACAAGUUUGUGGUAUCUUGUUAUGGUAGCCCUAGAGAUGACAGUAUUUGAUUCCUGAGCUGGCAACUGUAUUUUGACUAUGUAAUGACUAUUCCAAGAUAAUCAACAGACACAAAGAUAAAGGCAAAACUGAGACUAAGCCCAGUUCUUUUUAUUCCCAGAAUAAUAAAUGAUUUUUUAAUUAAUUUAGAUCUCUUUGUCUAACCCCUCUGCUUUUCAGAAGAGUAUGUGGGACCAAUCAAGUAUUAAUAUGUUAUACUUUCAUUUUAAUUCAUCUCAAAUUAUUUCUAAUUCCCCUUAUGAGUUCUUACUUGACCCAUGAAUUAUUUAGGAAUAUAUUCUUUAAUUUCCAUUUGUGAUUUUCAACAAAUUUCUUUCUGUUAACGAUUUCUUAUUGCAUUCUGUUGUCAUUUGAGAGCACUCUUUGUAUUGUUUAUAUCCUUUAAAAUGUACUGAAAUUUGUUUUAUGGCCUAGCAUAUAGUAUAUCCAUGUGCAUUUGAAAAGAAUGUAUAUUGUGAUGCUGUUGGGUGGAAUGUUUUAUAGAUGGCUGUUACGUCUACUUGAUUGAUAGUGUUGUUCUAGGUUUUUAUUUUCUUGUUGAUUUUCUGUCUGUUCUGCUAUUGAAAGAAGGGUAUUCAAGUAUCCAACUAUUAUUGUAGAACUGUCUGUUUCUCUUUUCCGUUGUGUCGAUUUUGCUUCAUUAUAUUUUGAAGUUCUGUUCUUAGGUGCAUAUAAGUUUAUAAUUAUUAUGCAUUCUAGAUGGAAUAAUCAUUUUAUCAUUUUAAAAUGUCUUUGUCUCUAGUAAAAAUUUUCGUCUUAAAAUAUAUUUUUUUCUGAUAUUUUCUUAGCCAGUCCAGCUUUGUUGUUGUUGUUUUGUUUUUUUGUUACUGUUAUGGUAUAUCUAUUCCAACCCUUUUACACUUCACCUAUAUAUUUUCUUGACUCUAAAGUGGGUCACUUGUAGGCAGCAUAUGUUUGGAUCAUGUUUUUCAUUUUUUUAUCCAGUCUGAAAUUUCUGUCUUUAGAUGGAAUGUUUAACAUUUUUAUAUUAAAUGUAAUUAAUAUUUAAUUUUGUAAUUUUUAUAUUAAAUGUAAUUCAUGUAG